UAAGAUUCGUGUUCGAAAGGAUUGAAGCGAGGUCUGCUGCAAGCCCACGAUCGACAUGGCGUGGCCCAUCAAUCUUACUGCUGCAAUCUUUCUGCUACUCCUGGUUGCCCAAGUGGAAAGCCAGGGGUGUACGCCGUCGAGCAUCAGCGUCCAGCAAACCAACACCGGUAAGACGGUUGGUGGGAUCGACACGGUGUUUCAGGUGACGGUGACCAACCGGUGCCGGUGCGCAGUGAAGAACGUCUACCUCCGGUCCAACGGCUUCUCAAGCUCCACCCCUGUCGACCCGAAGCUCUUCCGGCGGGCCGGGUCCGGUUACCUCCUCGGCGACGGCCGGCAGAUCCCGAGCUCCAAGUCUGUCACCUUCCAGUAUGCUUGGGACCAUUACUUCAAGAUGGCGCCAGCAAGCGUGCAGGCCCAGUGCUAGGCUUUAUGUGGCUUCUAAAAUAAUUAAUAAGGGCCUAUUUGGAUCAAAUAAAUAUUUAGAGCAAGUGCUCGCAAUCUGCCCAUAUAUAGCUUCAGCUCCAAAACUUUCUAACUAGGUUGUUAAAGAUGACCUUGGAGCUGGAGCUUUGGUAAACAUGCUGUACAAGUUGCCUGCAACUGCAAAAGCCAAAUAAUGAGAUACAUUCGGCAGGUGAAUGAAGAUGUAAUUCAUUAGCGCAGUUUCAAGUUGUAUAAUUUCAAGUCAUGUAUUUUUAUUCUCAAGAGCAAA